AUGACGCCGGAUGAUCUAUCCUUUAGCGUGCUUGCCGGGGUGUCAAGCCGGUUUGAGGGGGUAGUAACGGUGUUGACUACCACCAAGGAGGAGCUCGGCAAGGUGGAAGAGCUUCUUCCGACGUUGAAAGUGUUUGAGCAAAGGCAUGGGCUUCUUGGGGAGCAAGAUAGCGGGGGCUCGGGCUCGGCGGUGGCCUACUCGGACAAGGGUGGCAACUUUGCCGGCAAGGGCAAAGGUGGCCCGGAAAGACUUUUAUGGCUUGCCACAAGUGUGAUGCUUGAGCCGGGGAGUCGUGCAAUCAAGUUUGGGAACAAGGGGUUCCUUGAAGUAGCCGGGGUGGGCUCGGUGGAGUUGCGAUGCGAGACGCCGAAAGGUGAGCAAGUCAACCUUUUCCGUGAGGUUGCCUAUGUUCCCGGUGUGGCGGAGAACCUCUUUUCCGUCAAGAAAGCCACCUCGGUAGGAGCCGAGGUUGUGUUCCGUGGAAAAGUGUGCGAGGUUUCCAUGGAUGGAGAGGUUGUGUUUCGGGCGGAGGAGAAUGCGGAGGGCAAUGCCCGUUGUUUGUCAACCGAAGACAACGUAGGAAGAUACUUGCUUGCUCGUGAGGGAAGUUGA